AUGAGUGCCUGGAAAGCGGGGAGGAGAAGCGGCGGAGAUAUGAGCGGAGGCGGCGGCGGCGGGAGCGGCAGCGGGGACGAGUUCGGGCGGGCGGUGGCGCGUGCCGCGGUGGCGCAGGCGCUGGAGGCCGCGGGGUUCGACUGCGCGCACCGCUCCGCGGUGGACGCGGUCGUCGACGUCCUCCUGCGCUACAUCACCCACCUGGGCCGGUCCGCCGCCUUCCACGCCAACCUCGCCGGCCGCGCGCUCGCCAACGAGCUCGACGUCAUCCAGGCGCUCGAGGAGGUCGGCAACGACACGGACGGCUUCGCGGGCGCCGCGGCCACGGGCCGCUGCCUCGUCGGCUCCGGCGUCGUCAGGGACCUCAUGGCGUUCGUCGACUCCAAGGACGAGGUGCCGUUCGCGCGGCCGCUGCCUAGGUUCCCAGUCCAGCGCGUGCAGCCGCAGCCCUCUGCCAGCCCGGCGGUGGCGGUGGCGGUGGCGGGGAGGGAGGCUGGGAUGAGGCACGUGCCGGAGUGGCUGCCUGCGUUCCCGGACCCGCACACCUAUGUGAGCACGGAGGUGUGGGUUGAGCCGCCGGCGACCAAGGACAGGGUGGACAAGGUGGAGCAGGCGCGGCAACGGAGGAAGGCGGAGAAGUCCCUGCUCAGCUUGCAGCGAAGGCUGGCUAUGGCAGGCGCGGAUGGGUUUCGUCCAGCGGUUGCGGUGGUGCAGGAUAGCGCAGAGAAGGGGAAGGAGAUACAGGCAGCUGGGACAAAGAGGAACCCAUUUCUUGAGCCAGCAUUGCCGCCUGGAGAGAAGGAUGUAUCUGAGGUUGAUAUGCCUCCUGAAAAGAAGAAACUCUCUGUCCUUGAGGCAUUUGCGCCAGUUAUCCAAGCUAGAACCAUCAGGGAGAUUGAUGCUGGGGCAGGGUUGGAUCAAAAUCAAAGGAGCAUUGUUCCAAAGGAGAGGGCUCCGGUGCAUCUUAAGCUUGGAUUUGAAAAGAAGCCAUUAGCAGCAGCUCUGAAUUCAAGAGCCCUGGACCUGAGGGAAGAUCCUUCCUUCUUGAAAGAGGAAGCAAAGGAUGACAAGAAGCGGAGAGCGGGCAUGAUAUUAAGGGCAUCAAUGGAGAACCCACAAGAACUUCCUCAGCUCUAA